CACCAUUAACACACACCAUCAUCCCUCUUGUGCUUUCCAUUUUCUUUCAAACAUUCUCUUUCACAUUCUUUCUUUUCCCUCUUUCUUUUUUUUUUAUUAUUAUUAUUUCUACAUUCUACCAACUCAUCAUCAUUCUUUUAAACUCUCUUUCUCUCAAUUUCCUGCUCUUGAAUUCCUAUCUUCAUACUUGUUUGUGUUUGAAUCUUUGAUGACCCUAUAGAAUUCUUGGAGAGAUGGGAACUCCGGUGAAUAUUAUCGUCGGAUCACAUGUUUGGGUAGAGGAUCCGGAACUUGCAUGGAUCGAUGGGGAGGUUAUCGAUAUCAAAGGCAAAGAUGCCACAAUUGUUACCACAAAUGGAAAAACUAUAAAAGCGGAUAUAUCAAACAUAUAUCCAAAAGACACGGAAGCACCAGCAGCUGGAGUUGACGACAUGACUAAAUUAGCAUAUCUUCAUGAACCAGGAGUACUUUACAACCUUGCUACGCGAUUUGGCCUCAAUGAGAUAUACACUUACACGGGGAACAUUCUAAUAGCAGUAAACCCUUUCCGGAGGCUGCCACAUUUGUAUGAUGUACACAUGAUGCAACAAUAUAAAGGGGCCGCUUUUGGUGAGUUAAGCCCACAUCUUUUCGCCAUUGCAGAUGACUGCUACAGGGCGAUGAUUAACGAACACGGAAGUCAGUCAAUCUUGGUGAGUGGAGAAAGUGGAGCAGGUAAAACCGAGACGACGAAAAUGCUUAUGAGAUAUCUUGCGUUCAUGGGAGGUCGAUCAGGUACAGAAGGAAGAACAGUUGAACAACAAGUUCUAGAGUCAAAUCCAGUUCUGGAAGCCUUUGGGAAUGCGAAAACGGUGAAGAACAACAAUUCCAGUCGUUUUGGUAAAUUUGUAGAGAUCCAAUUCGAUAAGCAAGGGAAGAUAUCUGGAGCUGCGGUUAGAACUUACCUUCUAGAAAGAUCACGAGUUUGCCAAGUGUCGGAUCCUGAGAGGAACUACCAUUGUUUUUACAUGCUCUGUGCAGCACCCCCUGAGGAUGUCAAGAGGUUUAAGUUAGGAGACCCGAGAACGUUUCAUUAUUUGAAUCAGACUAAUUGCUAUGAAGUAGCGAAUAUAGACGAUGGAAGAGAGUAUUUGGAAACACGAAAUGCUAUGGAUGUUGUCGGAAUCAACCAGGAUGAGCAGGAUGCAAUAUUCCGUGUUGUAGCUGCGAUUCUUCAUCUCGGAAACGUUGACUUCAUCAAGGGAAAGGAGUUUGAUUCUUCCAAAGUGAAAGACGAAAAAUCGCUCUAUCAUCUUCGUACAGCAGCCGAGCUACUCAUGUGUGAUGCGAAAGCACUUGAACAAUCAUUAUGUGAGCGUGUUAUCGUAACUCCAGACGGAAAUAUUACAAAACCACUGGAUCCAGCCGCUGCAGUCUUGAGUCGUGAUGCAUUGGCAAAAACAGUUUAUUCCAGACUCUUUGAUUGGAUCGUGGACAAGAUAAACAACUCAAUUGGUCAAGAUCCUGAUGCAAAAAGCAUAAUUGGAGUUCUUGAUAUCUACGGCUUCGAAAGCUUCAAGGUUAACAGCUUUGAGCAGCUAUGCAUUAACCUAACAAAUGAAAAGCUACAACAACAUUUUAAUCAGCAUGUGUUCAAGAUGGAGCAAGAAGAAUAUACCAAGGAGGAAAUCAACUGGAGCUACGUAGAAUUUGUAGAUAAUCAAGAUGUUUUAGACCUAAUUGAAAAGAAACCCGGGGGUAUCAUUGCUCUUCUUGAUGAAGCAUGUAUGUUUCCGAAGUCAACACACGAGACAUUCGCUCAGAAGAUGUACCAGACGUAUAAAUCACACAAACGGUUUAGCAAGCCGAAACUUUCUAGAACGAACUUCACGAUCAAUCAUUAUGCAGGAGAUGUUACGUACCAAGCUGACCAAUUCUUGGACAAGAACAAGGAUUACGUUGUAGCGGAAUUUCAAGCGUUGUUAAACAACUCGAAAUGCUCGUUUGUAGCAAAUCUUUUCCCGCCACUGGAGGAUUCAUCUAAGCAGUCAAAGUUCUCAUCCAUCGGUACUCGUUUUAAGCAACAACUACAAUCUCUAAUGGAAACUUUAAGCACAACAGAGCCACAUUAUAUUAGAUGCGUAAAGCCUAAUACUGUUUUGAAGCCGGGAAUAUUCGAAAACGACAAUGUUUUGAAUCAAUUACGAUGUGGAGGUGUGCUAGAGGCAAUUAGGAUUAGUUGUGCUGGAUAUCCAACAAAACGAGCUUUCGAUGAAUUUCUCGAACGGUUUGGAAUGUUGGCUCCCGAUGUUCUAGAUGGGUCUGAUGAGAAGUCAGCAUGCGUAGCGAUUUGCGAUAGAUUUGGACUAAAGGGUUAUCAGAUAGGGAAAACGAAGGUUUUCCUUAGGGCGGGACAGAUGGCGGAGUUAGACACAAGGAGAGCCGAGGUUCUAGCAACGGCUGCGAGAAGAAUUCAACGGCAAAUCCGAACGUAUCUCACACGUAAAGAAUUUAUCAUCCUUCGAAAGUCAACGAUCAAUAUGCAAAAGAACUGGAGAGCAAGACUUGCACGUAAGCUGUAUGAUUACUUAAGGAAGGAAGCUGCGUCUAUACGUAUACAGAAACAUACACGUGGAGGUGCGGCAAGAACAUCGUACAAACUUUUACAAAAAUCUGCGAUAGCUAUUCAAACUGGGCUUAGAGCAAUGGCUGCGAGAGAUGAGUUCAGACGAAGAAGAAGAAACAAAGCUGCGACUAUACUUCAGACUGAAUGGAGGAGAUAUCAUGCUUGUUCGGAGUAUAAGAAUAAGAAGAAAGCAACUCUUACGCUUCAAUGUCUGUGGAGAUCAAAGGUAGCGAGGAAAGAAUUACGGAUGUUAAAGAUGGCUGCACGAGAUGCAGGGGCCCUUAGAGAAGCUAAGGACAAGCUGGAGAAGCGCGUUGAGGAGCUAACAUGGAGACUAGACUUUGAAAAGCAUUUGAGGGUGGAUCUUGAAGAAGCGAAGGGGCAAGAAAUCACAAAGUUGCAGAAUGCUUUGCAAGAAAUGCAAGAAAAAUUGGAAGAAGCGCACAAUCAAAUCAUUCAUGAGAAAGAAGCAGCGAAAAUCGCUAUUGAACAAGCUCCACCGGUAAUCAAAGAAGUGCCGGUUGUUGAUAAUACUAAAGUGGAGGAAUUGGAAAAUCAUAAUCAUGAAUUGGAGGAUGAAAUUAUAGAACUGAAGAAGAGAGUUGAGGAGUUUGAACACAAGUACAAUGAAGUUGAAACCGAGAGCAAAAAUAGAUUUCGAGAGUUAGAAGAAUCACAAGCUAAAAUCUCGGGACUUCAAGAGACCAUUGAAAGGUUAGAUGCAAACUUGUCCAACAUGGAAUCGGAAAAUCAGGUUUUGCGCCAACAAGCGUUGGUUGCUUCAACUAACGAGGAACUCAGUGAAGAAACUGAACUACUCAAAAGCAAGAUCAAAGAAUUAGAGUCGGAGAAUGAAAUACUACGCAACCGAAAAGUAGUUGUGGAGCAAAUAACCACCCCAAUGAGCACACCUGAAAAGUUAUUACCACAACUUCAGCAUUUGGAUAAUGGUCAUGAAACAAAGGAUGAUUUUGAAACACCACAUGUGGAGCAAGAAAAGAUAAAGGAGUUGGACAACGGUAUGUUGUCACCUCUAACAAAACAAAAAUCACUAACUGACAGACAACAGGAAAAUCAUGAUGUUUUGAUCAAAUGUCUGCUGGAAGAUAAGCGUUUCGACAAAACCAGACCUGUUUCCGCAUGUAUCGUGUACAAAACGUUAGUUCAGUGGAGAUCUUUUGAGGCAGAGAAGACACAUAUAUUUGAUAGAAUUAUUCACACGAUUCGAGCUUCUAUAGAGGAUAACAUCAAAGAUUUGGCGUAUUGGUUAUCGACAACUUCAACUCUUUUGUUCCUACUACAAAGUACAAUAAAAGCAAGCGGUUCACCGUAUAAAUCUCCACACCGUAACCGCGCUUCACCCAGUACAUUGUUUGGUCGAAUGACACAAGGUUUCCGUACAUCGCCUGUCGGAAUGGGCAUCUCUAGCGGGUAUAGCGGAAUGGAAGGAAAGCCAAACACACAAUCGAAAAUAGAGGCCAAGUAUCCCGCGCUUUUGUUCAAGCAACAUCUAACUGCUUGUGUGGAAAAACUGUACGGAAUGAUACGUGACAGCUUGAAGAAAGAAAUAAGUCCAUUCCUAAAUUCAUGUAUUCAGGCACCGAGAUCAACACGAGUGAGACCAACAAGAGGGGCAUCGAGGAAUAUUCUUUCGAACAUUGUGGCGAAACAACAGGCAUCAAUGAUACACUGGCAAAGCAUUGUCAACAGUUUGGAUAACACUUUGGGAAUUUUGUCUGAAAAUUAUGUCCCUUCGAUUAUCACAAGGAAAAUUUUCAGUCAGGUUUUCUCGUUCAUAGAUGUCCAGUUCUUUAAUAGCUUACUGCUUCGUCGUGAAUGCUGCUCGUUUAGUAAUGGAGAAUAUGUUAAGUCUGGUUUGCAUGAACUUGAACAGUGGUGCAAGAAAGCAACCGAUCAGUUUACUGGAUCAUCAUGGGAUGAGUUACAACACAUAAGACAGGCUGUUGCAUUACUGGUAUCACACCAGAAAACUCAAAAGUCCAUGGAGGAGAUCACAAACGAACUCUGCCCGGCACUCAGUGUUCCACAAAUAUAUCGUAUCGGAACUAUGUUUUGGGAUGAUAAAUAUGGAACCCAAGGGUUAUCUAAAGAGGUAAUCGGCAAGAUGAGAGCGCUAAUGGCAGAAGAUUCAGUUAGCAUGCCCAACAAUUCUUUCUUGCUUGAUGUGGAUUCAAGCAUACCAUUCUCCUUGGAAGAAAUAUCUCAAUCUUUCCUUGACGUCGAUUUAUCCGAUAUCGAUCCACCACCGCUCCUGCGCCAGAGAUCGGAUUUCCAUUUCCUGCUGCAGCAAAUAGAUUGAAAAAUCUUCGGUUAUACGCGAAACUAGCAGAAAAAAAAAAGACAAGUUUGGUGUAAUUAUAUGAUUGCAGGUCCCAUUUUGAAUCCAAGGGAGCUACAGUAUGAUAAAAUGAGUGCUAAAAAUUUGAUUUUUGUUCAUUCUUUGUUCAACCCAAAAUCAGGUGAUGGGUUGAAAUUUUUUGAUUUGUUGCAGAGUGAAACUGGUAGUGUGAUUUGAAAGUGAUUUUGUAAAGAAUACAAAAUCUGAUAUUUUUUGAAGAUAUGUGAGAGGAAUUGUAAACCAUGUUUGUUACAAGAUAAAGGAGUGAUUUUGUUCUUGUAUAUGACAUUAAAGAUUUGUGUCUGUUUUUAAUAUCCAAGCUGGUUUGGUAUUAAUGUUCUAUAUGAAUUUAGUUUGUUCAGUUA